AUGGCUCCUCGUAAACACGUAACUUUAACUUUAGAUCAAAAAAUUGAAAUAAUUAAACUAAUGGAAAAUGGCCAGAACUAUGGUAUGAUUGCUGAGAAGUACGGAAUAGGUAAAUCGACUGUUGGUGACAUAAAAAAAAAUAAAGAAAAAAUUAUGAAGUUUGUCAGCACAACUGAACGUGGUCCAGGCACACGUAAAACUUUAAAAGAACCGGAAAAUCUUGUUCUCGAAAAUGCUUUAUUUAUAUGGUUUAUGCAACAGCGGAGACGACAUAUUCCGAUAAGUGGUGAAAUAAUUUGCGAAAAAGCACGUUUAUUUCACCGUGAAAUAACAAAGCAGGAAGAUGGCUUCACUGCUAGUAGAGGUUGGCUAGACAAUUUUAAACAUCGUCAUGGUAUUAGGCGCCUUAAAAUAACGGGUGAGAAACUUUCAUGUGACGAAGCAUCAAUCGAACCAUUUCGAAAUGAGUUGCAGCGAGUCAUAAAUGAAAACAAUUUGGACCUAGAAUAA